AUGACUUCUCAAAGUAAUUGGAUAGUUCAAAAAUUCGGCGGUACCAGCGUUGGUAAGUUUCCAGAGCAGAUCGUGGAUAAAAUUGUUAAAGUCUACACCAACCAGUACCAUAACAAUGUGGCCGUAGUGUGCUCUGCUAGAUCGAGUGAUACUAAGAUUGAGGGAACCACUUCGAGACUUCUUAAAGCGUGUGAUAUGGUUUGCAAUAGCGAAGAGAGCUUUCUGGAGGUUUUGCAGAAAGUAAGAGAGGACCACGUUCACAACGCCGAACAACGCAUCAGCGACGUGAAGCUACGCCAAAACCUGAUCAAGGAUAGUUUGGCGCAGCUGGAUACCGUGGAGAAGUUUUUGGACGCUUCCUUAGUUCUGAGCGAGGUUUCUUCCAGAACGAUGGAUCUCGUUAUGUCGUGUGGUGAAAAACUGAGUUGUCUAUUCAUGACUGCUUUGUGUAAUGACCAUGGUGUUCCCGCGCAGUAUGUGGAUCUAUCGUCUGUAAUCCCACAAAACUACGAUUGCCCGCAGGGUACUUUGGAUGCCAGUUUCUACACAUUCUUGGUCAAAGCCUUCAAGGAGAAACUUCAACCGAUCGUGAACUCGAAUGCCCAAGGAAAACCUGUGGUUCCAGUCAUUACCGGGUUUUUUGGUCUGGUACCUAUGGGGUUGCUUAACGGUGUUGGUCGUGGGUACACCGAUUUGUGUGCCGCAUUAAUUGCAGUGGGGCUAAAUGCAGACGAGCUACAGGUCUGGAAAGAAGUAGAUGGUAUUUUCACUGCCGAUCCUCGCAAAGUUCCUCAGGCUAGACUUUUAAGCAGCGUCACACCAGAAGAAGCAUCCGAAUUGACAUAUUACGGUUCUGAAGUCAUUCAUCCAUUCACUAUGGAACAAGUUAUCAAAGCUAAAAUUCCAAUCAGAAUCAAAAACGUUCAAAACCCAACAGGCGACGGUACCGUUAUUUAUCCCGACAACGUCGCAAAGAAGGGUGAAGCAACCCCACCUCAUCCACCUGUCACACUCACCAGCUCUUUCUUUGAGCUCAAGAAAAGAGGUGCGACCGCCAUCACUAGCAAAAGUGACAUUGUUGUUGUCAAUAUUCAUUCCAAUAAGAAAACUCUGUCACAUGGGUUUUUGGCACAGAUUUUCACGACUCUGGAUAAACAUAAGCUAGUUGUUGAUUUGAUCUCUACAUCUGAAGUUCAUGUUUCAAUGGCUUUACCAGUGCCGGACAAUGAUUCGUCGUUAGCAUUAAAGAAAGCUGUCGAAGAAUUGAAAAAGAUUGGUAGCGUGGACGUGACCAAAAAAUUAGUCAUUGUUUCACUUGUGGGUAAACAAAUGAAGCAGUUCAUCGGUAUCGCAGGUACAAUGUUCACCACGUUGGCAGAGCAAGGUAUUAAUAUCGAGAUGAUUUCUCAAGGUGCCAACGAGAUCAACAUUUCUUGUGUCAUUGAUCAAUGUGAUGCAAUCAAAGGCCUGCAAUCCAUUCACAGCAAACUUUUAGAUAUCGAAGCUACUGAAAAUAGCUUAGGGAAAGCUGUCAAUGAAAAGCUGGAACAAAUCAAAAGACUAGAAAUAUAA